UCAGAGAACUUCGAUGACAUCAAGCAGCAGAACUACUGGAAGUGGUCAGGAAAUAAAAUGUCCGAAAUGACUCUUGACGUACCGGAAGACCUCAAGAACAUUGACCACCUUCGACACUGGCUAACAGCUAUCCACUUUGCCAGCAACCCAGGCGAGGCUGUGGGAAGCGAGGCGUUCAAGUACCCGCCUGUGAUAUUGGUGGGGAACUUUGCCGACAAGCUGUCGACAGAUAGGACACUUUUGGAGCACAAGGUUGAUAUCUUCAAGAAGCUGGGAAAGCUCUGCCGCCGGUCACCAACUUUCCAGGGUAUGCUUGAGAGCGAUGACAUUGAUCCCGCAGGGUUGUUCCUUGUGGACAACCACGAGUCCGGAGCUUCUCAAGAAGUUCUAGGAAUCCGAAAGAAGCUACAGGAUGCUGUUUCAUCGGUGCUGGCAAACAAGCAGAUUCCGAUGGAAUGGGUUCGUUUUGAGAUGAUACUGGAGUAUCUCAAGAAACAACCCGCCCGCACUGGCUACACAACAAGAGGGUGGAUGAAGACACUGGUGGAGACGGCCUGCAAGAUCCGCGACGAAUCCGGCAUGGACGGUGCUCCAUCCGAGUUCGAGCUUCUUCUUCGUUUCUACAACGACCUACGCGUCAUCAUCUAUCAGCCGACAAACAAGAACUCGCCGCAGCCUGAUGACAUCAUCUUCCACAACACACAGUGGCUCAUCAGGCAGAUCAACGUCCUCGUCUUUGGCCACAAGUACUUGGAUGAACCUGGCGGAGGUGGUGGCAGGACGGCGAAGGAAGCCGAGACCAGGUAUCGCAACAUUUUGUGGACAAAGGGAAUAGCGAAUCGGCAAUUGAUGGAGUGUGCCUGGAAGGAGGUGAAACGAGAAGUCCGUGAAAAGAUGCUUGGCGUGAUGGUCGACUGGGAUUUGCUGUACAAAUUCGGAGACGCCCAGCAAGCAAAGUACUUCAUCCCGUCUGUUCUUCAACAUCGACCGCCGGAGAAAAUCGAGGAGGCCAUGCGCAGCUUCGAGCAGGGCAAUGAGCUAAACGACGUCUGCUUCUCCACAGCUGACACACCACUGCUGAUCAUGGUUCAGCCACCAGGUGAGGCUCCUGAAGACGUCCUAAGCUACAAGUAUCCAGACGCGGACACACCGAUGCCACACAGCUCCUACUGCAAGCUACUUGUACGGCUCAUGAGAAAGUGGGACAUCACAAAUACCGACCCGAGUCACUGUGAGCUCACCUACAACACAGCUAGGUUUCGGCUGUGGCUGCCGGAGCAGCUCCGUGACCAGUUCCCCGGCAAGGUGGAUAUCUUCUUGGCUCACUACGACUCGUCAGGUGCACUGCUGGUCAGCAUCAACUUCCGGUACUCACCUAAAGGUGCUGCUAGCUCCGCUGAUUGGCUGCAGCCGAUCUCAUCUAUAUGCCAGCAUGUCCGCAAGGAUAUCAUGGAGGAGUUGGAUAAGCUGGAGAACCCGAAACUGGACAAACCGGUCAUGUUCAGUUUACCACUACCGCCAGUAUGCGCAUGCAAAGAGGAGUGGAAGGACUACAGCAGCGAAAGCCGGGACCUCGGAUACGCACCGUGGCGCGUACUCUACAGUGAAUCUGGUGCUCAUCACGAUCCGUACUGUGCCGGGUGUGAUUCGGAGUACAGCAUACCCAACAACUCAAACUGCUGGUUCAAAGCUAGUAGUACCUUCCAGCUCGAAGGACAGCAGAAUGAUAUAGCGAGGCAGCAAGUGGCACUCUGGAAGCUGAAAGCGGAGAUUGUCAGUGGGCAGUCACUUGCUACGAAGGAGGCAGUGGAUGCCAGCUCGGAAGUAUGCCUCGCUGCCGUGCGCAACAUCAAUCCCGUCGCUGCCGAGACUUCUGCAAUUGCUGCCAAUGCUGCAGCUUCCCCCGCAUCUGCGACUGCUGUCAUAGCAACGUCAUCGCCUAGCCAACCCAACGAGGGUUCUGCCACUCCAUCUGAAAAGGAUCACACGGCUGCAGACUCGUCGGCUGGCACACGAUCUGCAUCUUUGGCAGCAAAACGAGGUACGGGUCCGUCCGACGAGGCCAUGCAUGAAGCUACAAAUAGCACACUGAGCAGCGGUUCGACCAGAGUACGCCGUAUCCGCAUCAGCCUCUGCGGUCAGUUUGGAACCGGCAAGACGAGCCUGGCGGAUUCGCUCAAGAACAAGCAGUUCGUGGACAAGAAGCCAAGUACACCGUUGCUCGUUGUUGAUCAUGGCAAUAUGCUCCACGACGGAGGAAACCUGACAGAUUGGAAGUUCAAUGCUGCACUCCUCUGCGCUCCGGACAUCCUUGAUCAGGCUGAAGAUCUUGAGAAGAAAUACCAACAAGAGCAAGAACAGCAGCAACAGGAGCAAGAAGCUGCAAGACUGGCCGAGCCAGCGGCGAAAGUCCCAAAGCGAGCUAAGUCUACAGGACUCCAGCGUGAGGGAACAGCGACGAAAGAGGCAGCAGUAGAACAUCCACAGCGCCAAAAGCAGCAACACCCCAUCGUAGUGCCUGGACACCGAGAAAACGUGGAGGGGAGCUCUGCACCAAGACACAAGCAGGCAUCGAAGGAAACAUCAAAACUCACUGCAGAUCCAGAAGCAGCACUCAGCUCUGUUGAAUUGACACAGAGCCUGGUUGAUGUCAUCUUGGCGAACCAAGAGCUGAUGCGAGAAAUCCGCAAAGAAGAAGUGGUGGUGUCCAUUUGGGAUUGCGGCGGCCAAUCAGUCUUCUCAAGCCUGCAGCAUUUCCUAAUGGGUGAAGAUUACGUCAUCUAUAUUCUCUGUUUCAACGCCUCGGAGAACUUCGAUCACAUCAAGCAGCAGAACUACUGGAAGUGGUCAGGGAGUACAGUGUCUGAAGUGACUCUGGAUGUACCGGAGGAGCUGGAGAACAUCGACCACAUUCGGCACUGGCUAACAGCCAUCCACUUUGCCAGCAACCCAGGCAAGGCUGUGGGAAGCGAGGCGUUCGACUACCCGCCUGUGAUAUUGGUGGGGAAAUUUGCCGACAAGCUGUCGACAGAUAGGACACUUUCGGAGCACAAGAUCGAUAUCCUCGAGAAGCUGCGAAACCUCUGUUGGCGGUCACCAACAUUGAAGGGUGUGAUCAAGAACGAUGACAUUGAUCCCGCAGAGUUGUUCCUUGUGGACAACCACGAGUCCGGAGCUUCUCAAGAAGUUCUAGGUAUCCGAGAGAAGCUGCAGGAUGCUGUUUCGUCGGUGCUGGCAGACAAGAAGAUGCCGACGGAAUGGGUUCGCUUUGAGAUGAUACUGGAGUAUCUCAAGAAACAACCCGCCCACACUGGCUACACAACACGAGGAUGGAUGAAGACACUGUUGGAGAAGGCCUGCAAGAUCCAGGAUGACUCCGGCAUGGACGGUGCUCUAUCCGAGUUCGAGCGUCUUCUUCGGUUCUACAACGACCUACGUGUGAUUAUCUAUCGGCCGGCAAACAUGAACUUGCCGCAGCCUGAUGACAUCAUCUUCCACAACACACAGUGGCUCAUCAGGCAGAUAAACGUCCUCGUCUUUGGCCACAAGUACCUGGAUGAACCUGGCGGAGGUGACGGCAAGACGGAGAAGAAAGCAGGGAGAGCAGAGACGGAGUGGCGCGACUAUCUGUGGAAGGAGGGUAUAGCACGCAUGCCACUAAUAGAGUGUGCCUGGAAGGAGGUGAAACGAGAAGUACGUGAAAAGAUGCUUGACGUGAUGGUCGACUGGGAUUUCCUGUACAAAUUCGGAGACGCCCAGCAAGCAAAGUAUUUCAUCCCGUCUGCUCUUCAACACCGACCGCCAAAGAAAAUCGAGGAGGCCAUGCGCAGCUUCCAGCCGGACAAUGAGCCAAACGACGUCUGCUUCUCCACGGCUGACACACCGUUACUGAUCGUGGUUCAGCCACCAGGCAAGGCUGAUGAAGACGUCCUAAGCUACAAGUAUCCCGACGCGGACACACCGAUGCCACACAGCUCCUACUUCAAGCUACUUGUAAGGCUCAUGAGAAAGUGGGACAUCACAAAUACCGACCGGAGUCACUGUGAGCUCACCUACAACACAGCCAGGUUUCGGCUGUGGCUGCCGGAGCAACUCCGUGACCAGUUCCCAGGCAAGGUGGAAAUCUUCUUGGCUCACUACGACUCGUCAGGUGCAUUGCUGGUCAGCAUCAACUUCCGGUGCUCGCCUGACUGUGCUGCUAGCACCUCUGACUGGCUGCAUCCGACCUCAUCGAUAUGCCAGCAUGUCCGCAAGGAUAUCAUGGAGGAGUUGGGUAAGCUGGAGAACCCGAAACUGGACGAACCGGUCAUGUUCAGUUUACCACUACCGCCAGUGUGCGCAUGCAAAGAGCAGGAGUGGAAGGAAUACAGCAGCGAAAGCCGGGACCUCGGAUACGCACCGUGGCGCGUACGCUACAGCAAAUCCGGUACUCAUCACGAUCCGUACUGCGCCGGGUGCAAGUCGCACUACAGAAUACCCAACAACUCAAACUGCUGGUUCAAAGCUAGUAGUAGCUUCCAGCUCGAAGGACAGCAGAAUGCUGUAGCGAGGAAGCAAGUGGCAAUCUGGAAGAAGAAAGCGGAGAUUGCCAAUGAUCAGUCACUUCCUACGGAGGUGAAGAAGUUCCUUGCUGACCGUGCGGACAAGUGUUUGUGUAUGCUGGCUGGAAGCAGAGAUACACUUGCCGUGGCAUCAUCGUCGUUCGGCACUAUCGAGCCGGCUGCGGGUCUGGCCGAGAUAUGGAUGCUGUGCUGCCAGUAUGUUGGUGCUGGGCAUUCGGAUGUGAUCCUGCGUGUUGCUCGCAUGUGCGACACUCUGCAGAGCGAAGAUGAGAUUGUUCAUGUACUAAGUCACUUCUGUCAGGAGAAACAGUGUGGCACUUCUGAGCGGACAUUGAAGGUUUCCAUCAUGUCACCUCUUAUGGCAAGGAAAAGAUGCCAGCAGUACCCGCGUCCAUUGUGGUGCUUCUUGCUGCUCAAGCACUUCUUCAUCAUCAAGAAGAAGGGCAUAGAUGUUAGCAAUCAAAUCGGUGAUUUGCCAGCUAUCGACUCGAGCCUAGGAAGCUGGAUUGCUCCUGCGGUUUCUCCUCCUGCCAGCGUCCAGGCCACACUGCCUGCUCCUGCCAGCGUCCCGGCCACACUGCCUGCUCCUGCCAGCGUCCAGGCCACACUGCCUGCUCCUGCCAGCGUCCAGGCCACACUGCCUGCUCCUGCCAGCGUCCCGGCCACACUGCCUGCUCCUGCCAGAGUCCCGGCCUUGCUACCUGCUGCAUCAGGCAUGGGUAUGCCACCAGCUAGCAGGGCAAAACGAGGUACGGGUCCGUCCAACAAGACCAUGCAUGAAGCUACGAAUAGGACAUUCAGCAGCGGUUGGACCAGAGUACGCCGUAUCCGCAUCAGCCUCUGCGGUCAGUUUGGAACCGGCAAGACGAGCCUGGCGGAUUCUCUCAAGAACAAGCAGUUCGUGGACAAUAAGCCGAGUACACCGGUUCUCGAUGUUGAUCACAGCAAUGUGCUCCACGGCGCAGGAAACCUUAAGGAUUGGGACUUCGGCGCUGCACUCCUCUGUGCUCCUGACAUACUUCACCAUGCUGAAGAUCUUGAGAAGAAACGCCAGCAAGAGCACGAGCUGCAACAGCAACCGGCUGGGUCUACAGAUCAUGAGGCAGCACCCAGCUCUGCUGAAUUGACCCAGAGCCUGGUCGAUGUCAUCUUGGCAAACCAAGAGCUGAUGCGAGACAUUGGUGAAGAAGAAGUGGUGGUGUCCAUUUGGGAUUGCGGCGGCCAAUCAAUCUUCUCAAGCCUGCAGCAUUUCCUAAUGGGUGAAGAUUACGUCAUCUAUAUUCUCUGUUUCAACGCCUCAGAGAACUUCAAUGACAUCAAGCAGCAGAACUACUGGAAGUGGUCAGGCAAUAAAAUGUCCGAAAUGACUCUUGACGUACCGGAAGACCUCAAGAACAUUGACCACCUUCGACACUGGCUAACAGCCAUCCACUUUGCCAGCAACCCAGGCAAGGCUGUGGGAAGCGAGAAGUUCGACUACCCGCCUGUGAUAUUGGUGGGGAACUUUGCCGACAAGCUGUCGACAGAUAGGACACUUUCGGAGCACAAGGUCAAUAUCCUCGAGGAGCUGGAAAAGCUCUGCCGCCGGUCGCCAACCUUCCAGGGUAUGAUCGAGAACGAUGACAUUGAUUCCGCAGAGUUGUUCCUUGUGGACAACCACGAGUCCGGAGAUUCUCAAGAAGUUCUAGGAAUCCGAAAGAAGCUACAGGAUGCUGUUUCAUCGGUGCUGGCAAACAAGCAGAUUCCGAUGGAAUGGGUUCGUUUUGAGAUGAUACUGGAGUAUCUCAAGAAACAACCCGCCCGCACUGGCUACACAACAAGAGGAUGGAUGAAGACACUGGUGGAGAAGGCCUGCAAGAUCCAGGAUGACUCCGGAAUGGACGGUGCUCUAUCCGAGUUCGAGCAUCUUCUUAGUUUCUACAACGACCUACGUGUGAUUAUCUAUCGGCCGGCACACAAGGACUCGCCGCAGCCUGAUGACAUCAUCUUCCACAACACACAGUGGCUCAUCAGGCAGAUCAACAUCCUCGUCUUUGGCCACAAAUACCUGGUCGAACCUGGCGGAGGUGGUGGCAGGACGGCGAAGGAAGCCGAGACCAGGUUUCGCAACGUUCUGUGGACAAAGGGAAUAGCAAAUCGGCAAUUGAUGGACUAUGCCUGGAAGGAGGUGAAACGAGAUGUCCGUGAAAAGAUGCUGGACGUGAUGGUCGACUGGGAUUUGCUGUACAAAUCCGGAGACGCCCAGCAAGCAAAAUACUUCAUCCCGUCUGCUCUUCAACGUCGACCGCCGGAGAAAAUCGAGGAGGCCCUGCGCAGCUUCCAGCCGGACAAUGAGCCAAACGACGUCUGCUUCUCCACAGCUGACACACCGUUACUGAUCAUGGUUCAGCCACCAGGGAAGCCUGAUGAAGAAGCCGUGAACUACAAGUAUCCCGAUGCGGACACACCGAUGCCACACAGCUCGUACUUCAAGCUACUUGUACGGCUCAUGAGAAAGUGGGAGAUUACAAAUACCGACCGGAGUCACUGUGAGCUCACCUACAACACAGCCAGGUUUCGGCUGUGGCUGCCGGAGCAGCUCCGUGACCAGUUCCCAGGCAAGGUGGAAAUCUUCUUGGCUCACUACGACUCGUCAGGUGCCCUGCUGGUCAGCAUCAACUUCCGGUACUCACCUGGCUGUGCCUCUAGCGCCUCUGAUUGUCUGCAGCCGAUCUCAUCUAUAUGCCAGCACGUCCGCAAGGAUAUCAUGGAGGAGUUGGGUAAGCUGGAGAACCCGAAACUGGACAAACCGGUCAUGUUCAGUUUACCACUACCGCCAGUGUGCGCAUGCAAAGAGCAGAAGUGGAAGGACUACAGCACCAAAAGCCGGGACCUCGGAUACGCACCGUGGCGCGUCCGCUACAGCGAAUCCGGUGCUGAGCACGAUGCGUACUGCGCCUGGUGUGAUUCGGAGUACAGCAUACCCAACAACUCAAACUGCUGGUUCGAAGGUAGCACUUUCCAGCUUGAAGGACAGCAGAAUGCUGUAGCGAGGAAGCAAGUGGCACUCUGGAAGAAGAAAGCGGAGAUUGCCAAUGAUCAGUCACUUCCUACGAAGGAGGCAGUGGAUGCCAGCUCGGAAGUAUUCCUCGCUGCCGUGCGCAACAUCAAUCCCGUCGCUGCUGAGACUUCUGCAAUUGCUGCCAAUGCUGCGGCUUCCCCCGCAUCUGCGACUGCUGUCAUAGCAACGUCAUCGCCUAGCCAACCCAACGAGGGUUCUGCCACUCCAUCUGAAAAGGAUCACACGGCUACAGACUCGUCGGCCGACACACGAUCUGCAUCUUUGACAGCAAAACGAGGUACGGGUCCGUCCGACGAGGCCAUGCAUGAAGCUACGAAUAGCACACUGAGCAGCGGUUCGACCAGAGUACGCCGUAUCCGCAUCAGCCUCUGCGGUCAGUUUGGAACCGGCAAGACGAGCCUGGCGGAUUCGCUCAAGAACAAGCAGUUCGUGGACAAGAAGAAGCCAAGUACACCGUUGCUCGUUGUUGAUCAUGGCAAUAUGCUCCACGACGGAGGAAACCUGACAGAUUGGAAGUUCAAUGCUGCACUCCUCUGCGCUCCGGACAUCCUUGAUCAGGCUGAAGAUCUUGAGAAGAAAUACCAACAAGAGCAAGAACAGCAGCAACAGGAGCAAGAAGCUGCAAGACUGGCCGAGCCAGCGGCGAAAGUCCCAAAGCGAGCUAAGUCUAUAGGACUCCAGCGUGCGGGAACAGCGACGAAAGAGGCAGCAGUAGAACAUCCACAGCGCCAAAAGCAGCAACACCCCAUCGUAGUGCCUGGACACCGAGAAAACGUGGAGGGGAGCUCUGCACCAAGACACAAGCAGUCAUCGAAGGAAACAUCAAAACUCACUGCAGAUCCAGAAGCAGCACUCAGCUCUGUUGAAUUGACACAGAGCCUGGUUGAUGUCAUCUUGGCGAACCAAAAGCUGAUGCGAGAAAUCCGCAAAGAAGAAGUGGUGGUGUCCAUUUGGGAUUGCGGCGGCCAAUCAGUCUUCUCAAGCCUGCAGCAUUUCCUAAUGGGUGAAGAUUACGUCAUCUAUAUUCUUUGUUUCAACGCCUCGGAGAACUUCGAUGACAUCAAGCAGCAGAACUACUGGAAGUGGUCAGGGAGUACAGUGUCUGAAGUGACUCUGGAUGUACCGGAGAAGCUGGAGAACAUCGACCACAUUCGGCACUGGCUAACAGCCAUCCACUUUGCCAGCAACCCAGGCAAGGCUGUGGGAAGCGAGGCGUUCGACUACCCGCCUGUGAUAUUGGUGGGGAACUUUGCCGACAAGCUGCCAACAGAUAUGACACUUUUGGAGCACAAGGUCGAUAUCCUCGAGAAGCUGCGAAACCUUUGUUGGCGGUCACCAACAUUCAAGGGUGUGAUCAAGACCAAUAACAUUGAUCCCGCAGAGUUGUUCCUUGUGGACAACCGCCAGUCCGGAGCUUCUCAAGAAGUUCAACGAAUCCGAGAGAAGCUGCAGGAUGCUGUUUCAUCGGUGCUGGCAGACAAGGAGAUGCCGACGGAAUGGGUUCGCUUUGAGAUGAUACUGGAGUAUAUCAAGAAACAACCCACCCACACUGGCUACACAACACGAGGAUGGAUGAAGACACUGUUGGAGAAGGCCUGCAAGAUCCAGGAUGACUCCGGCAUGGACGGUGCUCUAUCCGAGUUCGAGCGUCUUCUUAGGUUCUACAACGAACUACGUGUGAUUAUCUAUCGGCCGGCAAACAUGAACUUGCCGCAGCCUGGUGACAUCAUCUUCCACAACACACAGUGGCUCAUCAGGCAGAUCAACGUCCUCGUCUUUGGCCACAAGUACCUGGAUGAACCUGGCGGAGGUGACGGCAAGACGGAGAAGAAAGCAGGGAGAGCAGAGACGGAGUGGCGCGGCUAUCUGUGGAAGGAGGGUAUAGCACGCAUGCCACUAAUAGAGUGUGCCUGGGAGGAGGUGAAACCAGAAGUACGUGAAAAGAUGCUUGACGUGAUGGUCGACUGGGAUUUCCUGUACAAAUUCGGAGACGGCCAGCAAGCAAAGUAUUUCAUCCCGUCUGCUCUUCAACACCGACCGCCGAAGAAAAUCGAGGAGGCCAUGCGCAGCUUCCAGCCGGACAAUGACCCAAACGACGUCUGCUUCUCCACGGCUGACACACCGUUGCUGAUCAUGGUUCAGCCACCAGGCAAGCCUGAUGAAGACGUCCUGGGCUACAAGUAUCCCGACGCGGACACACCGAUGCCACAUAGCUCCUACUUCAAGCUACUUGUACGGCUCAUGAGAAAGUGGAACAUCACAAAUACCGACCGGUUUCGCUGUGAGUUCACCUACAACACAGCCAGGUUUUUGUUGCCGAAGCAGCUCCGUGACCAGUUCCCAGGCAAGGUGGAAAUCUUCUUGGCUCACUACGACUCGUCAGGUGCCCUGUUGGUCAGCAUCAACUUCCGGUACUCACCUAAAGGUGCUGCUGGCUCUUCUGAUUGCUCGCCUGACUCUGUUGCAUUCGCCUCUGAUUGGCUGCAGCCGAUCUCAUCUAUAUGCCAGCUUAUCCGCAAGGAAAUCAUGGAGGAGUUGGGUAAGCUGGAGAACCCGAAACUGGACAAGCCAGUCAUGUUCAGUUUACAACUACCGCCAGUGUGCGCAUGCAAAGAGCAGGAGUGGAAGGACGGCAGCAGAGAAAGCCGGGACCUCGGAUAUGCACCGUGGCGAGUGCUCUACAGCGAAUCCGGUGCUGAGCACGAUCCGUACUGUGCCGGGUGUGAUUCGGAGUACAGCAUACCCAACAACUCAAACUGCUGGUUCGAAGGUAGUAGUAGCUUUCAGCUCGAAGGACAGCAGAAUGCUGUAGCGAGGAAGCAAGUGGCACUCUGGAAGAAGAAAGCGGAGAUUGCCAAUGAUCAGUCACUUCCUACGGAGGUGAAGAGGUUCCUUGCUGACCGUGCGGACAAGUGUUUGUGUAUGCUGGCUGGAAGCAGAGAUACACUUGCCGUGGCAUCAUCGUCGUUCGGCACUAUCGAGCCGGCUGUGGGUCUGGCGGAGAUAUGGAUGCUGUGCUGCCAGUAUGUCGGUGCUGGGCAUUCGGAUGUGAUCCUGCGUGCUGCUCGCAUGUGCGACACUCUGCAGAGCGAAGAUCAGCUUGUUCGUGUUCUAAGUCACUUCUGUCAGGAGAAACAGUGUGGCACUUCUGAGCGGACAUUGAAGGUUUCCAUCAUGUCACCUCUUGUGGCAAGGAAAAGAUGCCAGCAGUACCCGCGUCCAUUGUGGUGCUUCUUGCUGCUCAAGCACUGCUUCAUCAUCAAGGAGAAGGGCAUAGAUGUUAGCAAUCAAAUCGGUGAUUUGCCAGCUAUCGACUCGAGCGACUGGAGCUGGAUUGCUCCUGUGGUUUCUCCUCCUGCCAGCGUCCAGGCCACACUGCCCGCUCCUGCCAGCGUCCAGGCCACACUGCCUGCUCCUGCCAGCGUCCAGACCACACUGCCUGCUCCUGCCAGCGUCCAGGUCACACUGCCUGCUCCUGCGAGAGUCCCGGCCUUGCUACCUGCUGCAUCAGGCAUGGGUAUGCCACCAGCUAGCAGGGAUCCGUCUCGUGUUGUGGCUGACGAAGUGACAAAGGGUUCAGAACAAGCCUUGCCACGUUCCUCUAGACCAACUCGCUUCGGAAAACUGGCGUGUAACUUCUCCAAAGGACAUUGAAGGUUUCCAUCAUGUCACCUCUUGUGGCAAAAAACAGAUGCCAGCAGUACCCGCGUCCAUUGUGGUGCUUCUUGCUGCUCAAGCACUUCUUUAUCAUCAAGAAGAAGGGCAUAGAUGUUAGCAAUCAA